CUGGUCGUACCCAGCAUGCACAGCAGAGCUACUAGCGCUUAGCUGAAGAAGUGUAGACAGAAGACAACAACAACAGCAUGAUCCCAGCCAAACGCCAGGCUGAUGGACCAGGCCAACUAUGGACCCCGAUAACGAGUAUCAGUACAUGGCAUCAAAAGUGUGGCUCCUGCUGACUAGUCAUCUGGCUCGAUGAGGAAGGUUGAUUUAUUGCUAAACUUCCAAUAAGGUGCUCAUUGUUUCUCAAGUGUUUUAAAAUAUACUGCUGCUAAAUAUCUCGAGUCUAUGUGCGAGUGUCUUCCGGCGGGAGCAGCAGCAGCAGCGGUGCCAUGAACAGUGGACUCCCAGCUUCAGCUGCUCCGCUCGGGGGUGUCGGAAUACCCGGUGUGAAGGUGAAAUUCUGCCGUUAUUAUGCGAAAGACAAGACUUGCUUUUACGGAGAUGAAUGCCAGUUUCUGCACGAGGACCCGUCCAUGGCGAGCCUUUCUCUGCACAGUGGUGGUACAUGUGCUGGCGGAGGAGGAGGAAGCCCCGUCUCUUUAUCUCUCACCGGAGGAGCAGUGACAACAGCGGGAUACGUGCUCGGAAAUAGCGCGGCAAGCGGCGCUCCGGUAAACGUUCCCAAAAAGAACGAUUCUCUCGGUUCCGCGGGAACAGCUCCAGAGGGACAUCUGUUGUCCAUCACUGGGAUGGAGGGAGGUGCCCUGAAUGAAGCAAGUCUGACCAACUCGUACUUCAGCAGUACCUUUAUUGGGGUCAAUGGGUUUGGAGGACCAGCAGAGUCCAAAUAUUCAAUGAUGCAGAGGAUGACCAGCAGUAGCAGUUCUCCAAGUCUGCUGAAUGAUGGUGCCAAGAGCUUCAGCCACAGUGGACAUGGUGAGUUAAAAUUGUUUGAAAAUUUUGUUGCGCGAUUAAAGCGGUCAAGGGCAAGAUUUGAAAUCCUUUUCUAUGUGUCCGCUCCUUUUUUAGAUCCAUUAAAUUCCCCAACAUCAUCCCUCUUCAGUGAUUUUGGUGCUUUGAGCAUAUCACAAAGGAGAAAGGCUCCUAACCCCACAGCUAGUGAGUUUGUCCCUAAAGGGGCUCCACGGAUGGCCUCCAUGUCUCAGACGACCGUGCCAGCAUUCAACUCCCCCAUCUUCCCUCAUCCUGGCUUGAGCAGCUCCACAGUGGCUGCUCUUGCACCUGGUAUGUCGCUCUCUGCUGGGUCUUCUCCUCUUCACUCCCCCAAAAUCACCCCUCACACGUCCCCAGCCCCGCGGCGGCGCAGUCACACGCCCAACCCCAAUCCAGCCAAUUACAUGGUGCCCACCACUGCGUCUGACCAGGGAGGCGGAGCCCAUGUGAUUCAAAAGGAGACCGUGGGCGGGACUACCUACUUCUAUACUGACAACACCCCUGCUCCCUUGACCGGAAUGGUGUUCCCAACAUAUCACAUGUAUCCGCAAACAGCACCUCAUGUGGCAUACAUGCAGCCAAAAGCCAAUGCACCGUCCUUCUUUAUGGCUGAUGAACUCCGACAGGAGCUGAUUAACAGGCAUUUGAUAACGAUGGCACAGAUAGAUCAGUCUGAGAACCCUGGAGUGCCGUCUGAGGUCGACAGUUACCACAGCCUCUUUCCCCUGGAACCCCUUCCUCCACCAAACCGUCUUCAGAAAACCAGCAACUUCAGUUACAUCACUUCCUGUUACAAGGCAGUCAACAGCAAAGAUGACCUGCCUUACUGCCUCAGGAGGAUACAUGGCUUCAGGCUGGUCAACACCAAGUGUAUGAUGCUGGUAGACAUGUGGAAGAAGAUUCAGCACUCCAAUACUGUGACCCUCAGAGAGGUCUUCACCACCAAAGCAUUCGGAGACCACUCACUGGUAUUCUCCUAUGACUUCCAUGCGGGGGCGGAGACCUUGUUCAGCAGGCACUUCAACGAUCCGGCAGCAGAUUCUUACUUCACAAAGAGAAAGUGGGGGCAGCAUGAGCUCCCUCCUCCACGGCAGCAUGCGGGCCUGUUACCAGAGUCGCUCAUUUGGGCCUACAUUGUCCAGCUGAGCUCAGCACUGCGCACCAUUCACACGGCUGGGCUGGCCUGCAGGGUCAUGGACCCUAGUAAGAUCCUCAUCACUGGAAAGACACGGUUACGAGUCAACUGUGUAGGAAUGUUUGAUGUCUUAACAUUUGACAGUAGUCAGACCAACCACCUGGCGCUGAUGCCCCAGUACCAGCAAGCAGAUCUCAUCUCCCUGGGGAAGGUGGUGUUGGCUCUGGCGUGUAACUCUCUAGCUGGCAUUAAGAGAGAGAAUCUGCAGAAGGCCAUGGAGCUGGUGUCAAUCAACUACUCUUCUGACCUCAAGAACCUCAUUCUGUACCUGCUUUCAGAACAAAGCCGUCUGCGCAGCGUCAAUGACAUUAUGCCCAUGAUUGGAGCACGAUUUUACACUCAACUUGAUGCCUCGCAGAUGAGAAAUGAUGUCAUUGAGGAGGACCUAGCCAAGGAGGUUCAAAAUGGGCGAUUGUUCCGCCUGCUGGCAAAACUGGGAACGAUUAACGAGAGACCAGAGUUCCAGAAGGACCCAACGUGGUCUGAGACUGGUGACCGUUACCUGCUGAAGCUCUUCAGAGAUCACCUGUUCCACCAGGUGACUGAGGCAGGCACACCCUGGAUCGACCUCAGCCACAUCGUGUCCUGUCUCAAUAAGUUGGAUGCUGGAGCACCGGAGAAGAUCAGUCUGGUGUCACGGGAUGAGAAGAGCGUGCUCGUGGUGACUUACUCAGACCUGAAGCGCUGCUUUGAGAGCACCUUCCAGGAACUGCUUGCUGCCACGAACGGCCCCCUGUAACCCCCAGCCAUCCACAAGAGUGGGCUGGAACUGCCUGAAACAGAGCACAUUGCACUACAGCCUGGAAUCAUAGGUGCAGAAUGAUGAUCUCAUGACCAGGGCGGAGCCAGCUGGUUGCUCACCUCCAGUCAGAUACACUGUUCUGUCCAGAGAAAGUUGUUUUCUAAAGCUUAUUUUUUUAGUUUUCACAACAACAACGCAGCUGCAGAAUUAUGAACUGAACUGAGAGCUGUGAUGAUGAAUUCUUUUUUCUUUCUUUUUUAGACUUGGGAACAAUGUCCAAAAAAUAAGAGACUUUACUUCUGCUUUUAUUUUUAAUUUUGUAUUUUUUCUUUGGAGGAUGCACUAAACAUUUUAAGUUCCUUUUUAAGUGAUUGUGCGUGUCCCACAGGGUGCGAUGAGGGCCUCACACAUUAAAUUGAAGAAAAACAGAGCGCCGGUUUUUCCACAUCAUCUGUGCGCGUUUUUAAUGAGGUACUACCAAUUGGGACAGACCACUGGUCAUGUGUUCAGAGUCCUCGACUCUGAUGGGACAAAGCCCUGGGUUGGGCAAACUGAUGAGUCUGACCACUUAUGAAUGUGUGGCGUUAGUAGUAAUGUGUCGCCACUCCUCGUCUGCUGUAUCGACUCAUUUAAAAGUUGGCCAACUUGGAGGCGGGAGGGGAAGUUACUGGUUGCGUGCCGACAAAGGGGUGCUCUCUCCUCUUGCUGUAUAAACUUGUCAUUUAUUUCAGAAUUUCUCAACAUCCUUUUUCAUUUUACGGAUGAUUUUUGAAAUCGGAUUUUGAGAGGAUGGAUUUUUGUUGUUGUUUGUUUUUUUAGUCAGGCUCUUGUGAUAGGAACCAAAGAACUGGACCACGCUAGCAAGUGAAACCAGUUUAGUCUCAUUGUGGAAUGUCCUCUUAUGCCUCUGUUGUGGAGCAUCCCAAGUUUCUGUCCAUUUCGUCAUUCUUUUUCCCAAUUCGUUCUCAUUUUCCGAUCUCAAUGCUAGUUUUGGUUAUAGAGCUCUCUUGUGUUGUUACUGUCGUUCCCUUUCCUCACCAAGUUGUUGUACAGAGAUGCAUGAUGGGAUGUUUCUCACUGUGGACCAGUCCCAGCAGGACGGUUGGGAUUGUAUUGGUUUCUCUUGGCUUCGUUUUUGUUUAACUAUGAUUUGAUCUAUGAAUUAUGUGACAACAUCCGGAAAACAGUUUGGAAUUCGCUCAGGUUGAUAUCCCUGACAGGAAUAUGCCAAUGACUGAAUGUGUCUGACCUGUCAUUGGUGACGGCCCAAUCCGUGAGUCGAGGAACAGGCGGGUUUGCAGCACAGAUUUGGGUGUGCCACACUGGACCGAGAGGGUGCAGGAUACAGCAGGCAGAGCUGAGGAUGCUGGGAGUUCAAUAAUGUACUUUUUUUUUCCGUCGUUUUGUUUUAGUCAACUGAUACUUGGUGGACAUGGUGCCAAGCCUGUAUCCCUCACCGAAUCUCACACAUACACAUUAAUACACCUUUUACAGGCCGAUCUCAUAUCAUGAAACCAGUUUCUAGAGAAACACUCCAGACACACACAUACACAUGAACUCAUACAUGAAAUCCUCCUUCACCAUCCCAGUACGUUUUAUGCCCUUCUUGUGUUUGUCACAUUUUUGCAAUAUUUGUGUGUACAGCAGUAUUUUAAUAAAGAGUAAUAAAAGAGAA